UUUGCAUUGCUAAAUAAUCCGCGGAGCCGACAAGAGCGGAGCAGUCCAUUUUGAGAAGCCGUCCUCCCUGCAACACUCCGGUCGAUGCACCGAAGCCUCAGCUCGAGCUCGCUGCGCUUGAUGAAAACCUGGUGUCGGCCCUGUGCGUAAAGACGCGUAAGUUGGAGGAGGUGGUGAGAGCCCUGCUGGGGAGGAGAGGGGAUUUAGGGAGAACUCGCGGGUCGCCUGAGUCUUUCCUCUCGAGAGCUCAAUACAAACCAUGCUCUUUGAAAUACGCAGCUUCAGGUUUUGCUCUUCUGCAAGGAUGUUGGCAGCUCUGGUGUGUGUUCUGCUCUGUAUCCAGCCUGGACACGGACAGGCCUGCACAGAAGGGUUUGCAUAUGACCGCAGGGCAAGACAGUGUAUAGAUGUGGAUGAGUGCCGUACUCUGCCAGAUGCUUGCCGAGGAGACAUGCGCUGUGUGAACCAGAACGGAGGCUACCUGUGCAUCCCGAGGACCCUGUACAACCAGCCGUACCGACAAGAGACCCCGGUCCUGCCAGAGCCCGCUUACCCGGACACAUCGGUGGGAUUCUCAGACUCCUUCCUCCCCGCUCCCAGGUCUGUGGAGCCCAGCUACCCCAGAGUGGGGAGCACAGCACAGUGCCUCCUGGGAUAUACUCCUGCAGAGGAUGGCACCUGUAAUGACAUCGACGAAUGUGAGACCAACUCCCAUCACUGUAACCCCACCCAGGUCUGCAUCAACACGGCCGGUGGGUACACCUGCUCCUGCACCGAGGGAUACUGGCUCAUUGGUGGACAGUGUCAGGACAUUGAUGAAUGUCGCUAUGGUUACUGCCAACAGCUGUGUGCCAACGUCCCGGGCUCUUACUCCUGCUCCUGUAACCCCGGCUUCAUCCUCAACCCAGACAGCAGGACCUGCCAAGAUGUGGACGAGUGUGAAGAUGAACCGUGCACUCACGGCUGCUUCAACACCUACGGCUCCUUCAUGUGUAACUGCCAAGAGGGAUUCGAGCUGGCAGCUGAUGGGACUUCUUGCAUUGACUUGGAUGAGUGCAGCUUCUCUGAGUUUCUGUGUCAGCACAGAUGUGUGAACACACCCGGCUCGUUCUCCUGCAUCUGUCCGCCCGGGUAUUAUGUGUAUGAGGACGGCAGGAGCUGUGAAGAUAUCAAUGAAUGUGACACUGGUAACAACACCUGUACAACAGCACAAGUAUGUUUCAAUUUCCAGGGAGGCAACACAUGCCUGGAUCCUUUACUGUGUCACUCUCCUUACGUCGAAGUUAGUGACAAUCAGUGCAUGUGUUCAGCUGAGAACCCUGCCUGCAGGGACAAGCCCUUCACCGUUCUGUACCGACACAUGGACUUGUCGUCGGGGCGCAGUGUGCCUGCAGACAUCUUCCAGAUGCAGGCCACCACUCGCUACCCGGGCGCCUUCUACAUCUUCCAGAUCAAGUCGGGCAAUGACGGACGAGAGUUUUACAUGAGGCAAACCAGUAACGUGAGCGCCACCCUGGUCUUGUCACGGCCGAUCAAGGGCCCGAAGGAGGUGGUGCUGGAUUUGGAGAUGGUCACCGUCAACAACGUCAUCAACUUCCGAGGCAGCUCCAUCAUCCGCCUGACGAUAUUUGUAUCGGAGCACCCGUUCUGAGCGUCCCACGUGAACUUCAUCGUCCCAGAGAAUCACUGCAGCUGAUGUAAUGCUCUGGUGUCUGAGACAGCUCAUCACUUUUUUUCUUUUUAAACGUUAUGUCAUCCUCAUCCUGUCAAUAAAGACACGUCCGAUAAAGAGUCAGCUGAUGGGAAAGCAUCCCUGCGCUUGAAUCCCCACCCUGGUUUAAUGGACACUGAGCUUUUAGAGCUGCGAGAUGUUCUUUCAACACAGAGGGAUAUUUAUAGUAACGAUUUCUAACCUCCUCUAUUUAGAAAAUGACCUGAAAGUGGCCCUCACUGAAUCUCAGUACAGUUUCCCCCACUUGUCUGUGAAUCUCCAUCCCUUCAGAUAAGCUGUGAGUGUUUUAGAGCUGUCGUUGAAUCUCGAGCGUGAGUCCCUCUGAGCUCGUAUUUUUACGGGACGGGACGAGCAGCUUAUCUGAGCAGAAGUGUAAUUGUGCAUUUGGAGAUGUUGUGUUUGAAAUGAUGUAACAAUCAGUCAUAAGCUGAAUUAUUGAUCCCGGUUUCUUUAAGUUCAAUAAAUGUCUUUACCACAGAAAUGACUCGAACAUGAGCAGGAUCCUGGACUCUUAAAGAUACAGUCAGUUCUGGGAUUACAGUGUUAGAAGUUAACGAGGCUCUAAAAACCUGUUGGAUGAAAUUCAAUCAAAUAAACGUUUCAG